AUGAAACCUCUACAUUUCACCGCAGUAUUCUCCCUGACAUUGGUGUUAUCGAGUGCCAAAAUCAGCGGUGGGCCGCGGGGACGCUUCGACAACAACCACAAAAAGAAUCACCAUGUCACCGCACAUCACGCGCAUUUCUCCUACCAUCCUCCCACUGUUAUCCACUUUAUGUGUAGACACUGCUCCAAUUUCGCGCCCUACCCCGUCUUCCAUGGAGUACCACCGACUUACGUUUACAAGUAUCGUGAAUCGAAUGGCAAAUUCGGUUACCUGCUGAGCGGUCUCGCGUUAUACAACCUCGGGCGAGCGUCAUCAGAACACUGGGAGUAUACGCACUUCUACUCUGUCCAACGGAACGAGAACUGUUCUCUGCAGGUCACAGAUAAGAAGCACUUCGACGAGAUCGUGUUUCCAUGCUUCAUGAUGUCCUCGUUCAUGGAUCGAUCACCAGAAAGCCACUUCCCGAACCCAGACGCGCUGGACAUAACGUCACCACAGAUAGAUGUCCGUCCGUUCAUUCUCUACAAUGGAUCUUCUAUACAGGUCACCAGAGAUCAAGAGUGUAUCCUUUGGCAUAAUUCAACGGGGUUUAAGGAUAAGAGCGUGAUGCCAUGCGCUUUGUUGAAGGAGUACGCGGAGACCAUGAAGCCGUCAGGGAUUCCAGUGUAUGUUUGGCUGCCUCUGACUGUUGGGACAGUGAUCACGAUAUAUGUGCUUUGUCAGUGUUGUUGUAAGAGUCAGGCUAGGAAAGAUGAUCCUCUGAAGCCGGCGCUGAUAAGAUUCAAUUCACAUUAUUACUACUGA